AUGCCGACUCGCACAGGGAGGAUAUUGGCUGGAGGCUAUAGGAGCUAAUAUAGACUCAUGAGUAAGCAAACUGUUUGCUGAUCUGUAGCGCAUUUCCACACAUUCAGAUAUUACGCAGAUUUAUUUCUCUCUCCAAAGUGGGAGUGUUUUCACGCAGCAGAUCUUUUGUCACUGUGCGACCACCUGCGCUUGCAAUCCAGCAAAAGGCGGUGGCUGUUCAGCUGAGAGAAAAAAAAAAAGGAAAAGCUGAGCAUCUGAGCAGAUUUACUCCCCCACAGAAACCUCACCGCCGUCACCUGCCUCACUUGCUAGACUUGCAAUGUCCACCGCCGGGGAAGUACCAGCGUUUUUUAAGAGCAUAGGCUCUGACAGCCCCGCCAGGCCCAGGCAGAAAUUCUGUGGCAUGUUCUGCCCGGUGGAGGGCUCCGCGGACAGCAAGACGCUGGACUUUGACGCGCUCCAGGCGGGCAAGGAGAGGAGUGACGGGCGGGUGAUCGACCGGCAGACCGACAUCUCCCAGCCCAGGAAGGUGGAGAUAAGGGAGAGCACGGGGAAAGAAUACCUGCAGAACCUGGAUGAUAAAAAGAGCGAUCGUCUCCUGAUCAAAGGAGGGAAGAUCGUGAACGAUGACCAGUCCUUCUGUGCUGACAUCUACAUGGAGGAUGGAGUCAUCAAACAAAUUGGGGAAAACCUCAUUGUGCCCGGCGGGGUGAAAACCAUCGACGCCCACGGCCGCAUGUUGAUGCCGGGCGGCAUCGAUGUGCACACGCGCUUCCAGAUGCCGGAUCGAGGCAUGGUGUCAGCCGAUGACUUCUACCAGGGCACCAAGGCUGCUCUGGCCGGAGGAACCACCAUGAUCAUUGACCACGUGCUUCCUGAGCCCGGCGUCAGCCUCCUCUCGGCCUUCGAGCAGUGGCGCGAAUGGGCCGACAGCAAGUCCUGCUGCGACUACUCGCUGCACGUCGACAUCACCGAGUGGCACAAGGGCAUCCAGGAGGACAUGGAGACGCUCGUGAAGGACCACGGUGUCAACUCUUUUCUGGUCUACCUGGCUUAUAAGGAUGUUUUCCAGCUAUCUGACUCUCAGGUGUACGAGGUGUUCAGUGUGAUCCGAGAUCUGGGAGCCAUCGCCCAGGUGCACGCUGAGAAUGGAGACAUUGUAGCUGAGGAGCAGCAGAAGAUCCUGGAGCAGGGGAUCACUGGGCCUGAGGGACACGUGCUGAGCCGCCCUGAGGAGGUGGAGGCGGAGGCUGUGAACCGCUCUGUGACGGUGGCCAAUCAGACCAACUGCCCUCUCUACAUUACCAAGGUGAUGAGCAAGAGCGCUGCUGAUGUCAUCGCCCAGGCCAGGAAGAAGGGCACUGUGGUCUACGGAGAGCCAAUCACUGCGAGCCUGGGAACAGACGGCUCUCACUACUGGAGCAAGAACUGGGCCAAGGCAGCGGCCUAUGUCACCUCCCCCCCCCUGAGCCCCGACCCCACCACACCAGACUAUCUCAACUCCCUGCUGUCCUGUGGUGACCUGCAGGUGACAGGAAGUGCGCACUGUCCCUUUAACACGGCCCAGCGUGCUGUGGGCAAAGACGACUUCAGCUUGAUCCCUGAAGGCGUCAAUGGUACUGAGGAGAGGAUGUCUAUCAUCUGGGACAAGUGUGUGGUGACGGGUAAGAUGGACGAGAACCAGUUUGUGUCGGUGACCAGCACCAACGCAGCCAAGAUCUUCAACAUGUACCCCCGCAAGGGCCGCAUCGCCGUGGGCUCAGACGCCGACCUGGUGCUGUGGGACCCCGACGUCACCAAGAUCAUCUCUGCCAAGAGCCACAACUCGACUGUGGAGUACAACAUCUUUGAGGGCACGGAGGUGCGCGGCGGGCCUCUGGUGGUGAUCAGCCAGGGGAAGAUCGUGUUGGAGGAAGGGAACCUCCACACCAUCGAGGGCUCGGGACGCUUCGUGGUCCGCAAGCCUUUCCCCGACUACGUCUACAAGAGGAUAAAGGCUCGCAGCAGGCUUGCGGAGCUGAGGGGUGUACCCAGAGGUCUGUAUGAUGGCCCAGUCUGCGAGGUGUCCGUCACCCCCAAAACCAUGACCCCUGCCUCCUCCGCCAAGAACUCGCCGGCCAAGCAGCCCAGCCAGCCCGUCCGUAACCUGCACCAGUCUGGGUUCAGCCUCUCCGGCGCUCAGAUGGACGACAACAUUCCUCGCCGGAACACCCAACGCACCUUGGCCCCCCCUGGCGGCAGGGCCAACAUCACCAGCCUGGGUUAGGGGUCCGCCCUCGGCCACUUAGGAGGAAACAAAGACCGGAGGACGGGUCGGCCGACAGGAGCUGAGGGGUCGAGAAAAAUCACGACACCGGGAACCAAACCCUUCCCAGCACCGGUCCAUCCGUCAGCCUCCAUCUUUCCCCUCCUCCUUCACCACGUACCCUCCUCCCCCUCCCCAAAACCGGAUCCUAGAGGACACAGUUAGAAAAAAAAAGGAAGAAAAAAAAUGUCUGCCUCAUAUGAUGAAAAAAUGAAAUACUCCUUAUUUGAGCACUUUAGACUGCAUUAUUUUGUUUUUUUAUACCGUACUUUUCUCCCUGCCAUUGUAUUCUUUUAACGUUUUUUUUGUUGUUUAUUAGGGGGUUCAAGUGGGACUGAAUUAAGAGAAGAGGAACAUUUUCAUGCAGGAUGUCCAUUGUGUUUCUUUUCAUUUGGGGAGUAGUUUAAAUGGAGCAUUUGUACAAAGCUAGAUUAUCUUCCCUUGAAUAGGUCAAGCUGGAUGAUUGAAAUUGUCUUACAGUUUAUUCAGGAGGCAAGAACAGAGUAUCUGUGAUUUGUACUGUGUCGCAUUUGAAUUGCUUCCCUUUCCAGUGCACCGCCAUCCAUCACACACUGCUGCGAUCCAUUUCCAAUUGAUUAUUAGCCAUGAGGUCGGCCUUGAGGUUAAACAAAUAUUUUAUUUGGGUUAUAGACUCUGGCUGCACUGGCUCUCAUCUCAUGUUUCCCUUUUGCUAAGCUAAAUAAGUAAAAAAACAUAUUCCAUAUUUGGCAGCUGCCUUAGAGCUUGUGAGUGUUAGGAGAAGGAGCUUGGGCAGGUAGUAAAUAGAGCUUUAUGCCUCGGUUUUUUUAAGCGUUAGGCCAUUGUUAAGUGGGAGAAUUGUAGGAAAGAUUUAGGGAGGAAAGAGAAAGUUGUACUCGCUGUCACUUCAAACCUUUCCUUGCCUUAUUGUCUCUUAAUGCCGUCCUAUUAGAUAACUCUUAGAGGUGCGGGAAAGGUGCCAUUCACUGCUACAAAUUCCCCAGUUUGUUUCCUGUAAUUAUAACGGUUUUGAUAGACAGCUGUCAGUCAGCCGUUAACUGUCCCAUCACCAACCAGUGCAUUUACACACAGAAUGUUUCUCCUCCUCCAAAUGUGACUGUUUUAUACUCAUCCAAAUCCCUUUUUCUUUUCUACUCUUUAUGUGCCUGAACCCACAGAAGUUGUACUGAUAAUCCUGGUAAAAUAGCCAGGAUAAACCGAUUCAAGGGUGCCAGAGUUUGUGCUUUCAUAGGGCCUAUCCUACCGGUAGAGCCCCUGAAAAGUCGAAAAAUGCUCGAUAUCUUGAAAUGUUUUAGAGUUUUUAACUUGUUGUCAAACUGCUUUUUAGUGUCAUUCUGUAACUAGGUGCCUAAGGGCUGAGCACUAUUGAUUUAUGCUUGAAAGUAGACAUGAGCUAAUGUACUUUUGUGCAGUGUUAAUGUGUGAGGAAUGGGACACGCACAGCAGGCUCCUGUAAAGCACUGCUUACUGUUGUGGACUUAACGUUUUAUUUUUUACGUGAUCUGGUUUUCAUUAAGCCAAGCAACUGAUUUCCUGUGUUAGUUCUUGUGUCAACGAGGUCUUGGCCUCCAGUCACCUUCUCUCUGCAGGCUUUUUUCCCCCCAUGACUCAACACGGAGUAACAGGCUCACAAAGGGAUCAGGGGCCUCUUUACAGAAUCUCAUCUCGGUUUAGGAUGACAUGCAAGAAACAUGUUUCCUAACUACUUAUAGGGAUUACAAAUACAAACCUGAAUUGUAGUAUUUACUUUCAGAACUAUAGCCUACUAAGUUAGGAUGGCAUACUCUGUCCUACAUGUAAAUGAACAGCACUGCUGUCUGUAUGACAAUGAAAGCAGGGAACGGAUCAAAUAUGAUACAUGAAAGGCCACUCCAACCAACCUUAUGAUGACACUUAUUUAUUAGGAAAACGUGUCUCUUUUUUCCCUCCAUGAUAGUACGCUAGCUAGCUCUCCCUAGCUAGCUGAUGACAGUGAUAGAACAAGAGCUAGAUAGCCGAUGACAAGGGAGAGCAGUUGAUAUUGUGGAUGAUCCGUCUUGAGUACAUUUUAAUCAAAGAUUCAGGCAGAAUCCAAAGUACAGGUAUUAGGAUUUCUUAAGACAAGAUAUUAGAUGCGAAAAAAGAUGGGACAUGGCCAUGAAUUAAGCUUUUCCAGUGUGAUAGUAAGAUGCAAUCAUAUGUUUGAAACUUACUUAAGAUAGGGCAAGCAGCUAGGAUAUUUUUCUGUAAUGAGGCCCCAGUUACUUUAACUCUGUAUACUACUAUCACAGACUUCAUUUUAGUCAACAGGGUGGUGAAGAGCUACUUGUCGCUAUAGCAGCACAUAAGAGCUUGCGUUAGCUUUACUGAACCCUGACUCACACACAUGCAUACUGUAGGCUAGAUAUACACCACGUCUGUCUGCUUUCAUACACACUUUUUAAACUUUCCCUCUGAUCUAACUGGAAACGUAUAGAAGACAAAGUCUUUCAGUGUUACGCAUGGUGUAUAUGUAUUUAAAGAAUCCACAGCAGGGGGAAUGAAAGCAUUCAAAUAUGUGAAAAGAUAGGAACGGGAAAUGGAAACUUAAUUUCCACGGCAACUUACUCAUCACACAACAAGAUGUUAGUCAGUCAGGAGUGGGGAAUUUGACCCCGACCAGCGACUUUCACAUUAAUCUACACUAUUUCUCUCUGCUGCUUUAGGCGGUAGAGUAUGUGGGUGGAGAUUUAGGAGGCGAAGUCCAGCACACAAAUACAAUCUGGCAGCAAACGUAGCUCUUGAGAGAGUUAUUGCAUGCUGCUUGUAUUUUUGUAUUUUCCGCGUCACUCCUUCCUUUCAGUUAGUCUUUAUCCGUCCCCCCCCCUCCCUGCUUCCCUCCCUUUUUGGCUCUUUUAAUGUUUCUGGCUGUUGCCGGGGCGACAGACCCCUCCACUCCUGCAGGGUUCUGUUUUUUUGUUUGUCAUGGCAACGCUUGUCAGGUCGGAGGUUGCCAUUCGCAACCAGUGCUGACCUGGCGCUAUUAGAAACAGCUUUGCGCGCACACACACACACACACACACACACACACACAGCUUUUUAUUAUUAUUAUUCUGUGACAGUUCUGCACCAUUUCGACAUAAUCCUGUAGGCCUACUGAGUUGCUUGGAAUCCCCUGCUGCUUAAAAAGGAAUCGGUUAGAAAUAAAAGCACUACAGACUGUAGACGAAACACACACCACUAAACAUCAGUUGCUGUGAUGCAGCACCCUUGCCUGGAGAA